CUUGCGAAUCUGACAGUCCUUAAUGACCGAUUCAACAAGAUGUAUAUUUGCUCUUGUGUUCCUGUGCUGCAAGGGAUGAAAAUAGAUUUUGUGCUUAUGAAGGAAAAGCAAGAUUAAAGUUCUAUCACUACUGAUCUUCACCGCGAUUCAAAGCGGUAUCAUUGUGCGGUCAGCUAAUCGUAUUAUUAUUCAUUAGAGUUCAAAAUGUAGUUAUCGACCGAUUGGUUAUGCAGAAAUUUAAACGCUGCGUCAAGAGGUUUGAGUGCCGAUAACAGAAUGAAGUUAUUGAUGUUUAUUUUCGCCUAUGUUUUCGUGGUGGAGGGUUAUAUGCCCGAGCACAGCAUGGAAAAUCAGGAUUCGUUCGAAAACUUCGUUUGUCCACCUUCAUCAGCUCUGAAACCUUGUGAGUGCACAACAGUUCCCGACAUUCCAACUAUUCACUGUGAAAAUAUUCGCAGUCUGAAGACUAUACUACGAGCUCUAAGGGCUUGGUUCCGUGAUGAUCCUAUACCAUACCUUAGAAUUGUUGAAGCUCGUUUUGAAGGCUUGCCAUCAAGAGCAUUUGUCACAUUAAAUGUGACAAGGCUCCAGAUAAAAGAUUCUAACCUGAGAUGGAUCGCCGCCGAUGCUUUCUCAGGGAUGGAAUCACUUUUGAUGCUUACAUUGCAUAACGUCACGCUCUUCACAUUUCCUCCUGAGUCCCUAAGUCAACUGUCAUCUCUAAUCUCUUUGCGACUGCCUGAAAACGAACUGUUUCAGCUGGCGCACAGAGACUUACGAGGAGCCGGAAAGUUGAAGUAUCUUUCCUUAGCGGGUAAUAAACUAACUCACGUAGAACGCGGAUCGUUUCCAAUAAUACUAGUAACUCUUUCAUUGUCCAACAACUGGUUAAGAUCGCUAAACAAAUCAAUUAGGCACUUAGUGAAUUUGGAAUGGCUGUUUUUAAAUGACAAUAGAAUACUCAGACUGGAAGGAGAACUGGAUGGACUCCAUAAUUUAAGAAAACUGAACUUAGCGAGGAAUUCAUUACGCCGCUUAGGCAGAUCAUUUCGUGACUUGAAAAAUUUGCAGGAACUUUAUCUGCAGUUCAAUUCUAUUCAUCAGUUAGGUACUUCUUUACAUAAUUUGAGUCAAGUGAGAAACUUGAAUCUUUCUAUGAAUCGCUUAGUCAUUUUGAACUUUAGUGAUUUUGAAGGAUUAGAGUCAUUGGAAAGUUUAGAUUUAUCUGGAAACCGGAUAAAUGCAAUAAAUGGAGCUUUUCAUCCACUUACAAAUCUCAGACGCUUAGAUUUAACCCAUAAUCGUUUGCGAAAUCUUUUCUUCACUGAAAUUAGACAUUUGACAAAACUGUCGAUAUUAGAUAUUAGUGAUAAUCGAUUGCACCAUUUGAAAUCUGGCACACCUACAGCAGCUCUACCUGUAGAAAGAAUUUUCCUAGCCAGAAAUAACUUGACAAGUUUAGGUCGUUUCAUCAGGCAUUUUACUGUGCUGGAAGUGAUAGAUAUUAGUUUUAAUCAAAUAAGGAUAUUAAAAGCAGUUGAUUUUAGUUUUUCACCGAGGAUUGACUACAUAAGUGUGGCAGGUAAUCCCUUGAUUUGUGAUGCUGAACAGAUGUUUGUAUAUCACACGCUUGAAAAUCGGAACAUUGAAAUUGAUGGACAACCAAAGUGUAACAAUCAGCCACCAAGACUUUAAAUUAUACUAUGAUUUUUCUGCAUUUAACAACUGAGUUUAUAGUAACUGUUCCUUAUCAAAAAUGAAACGGGUAUUUCUGCGACAUUUUAUGUCAUUAAAUCAGUAUUAUUAAGUAUAUUUAUGUGAGAUAUCAUGUCAACAUCAUGUAAUUUAUUUAUAUCAUAUUAUUAUUUUAGAUAUUUUAAUUCAUUCAAAUGUACAAACUUACUUAGAAUGAGUUAUUACGUAUCAUUUCACAAGUUAAAAUAGAUUAUGUUUUUAUAAAUCUUCAUUUAAUAUAAAAACUAUCAAUUAUGUUUAAACUUCUUUUUGGCUAUUUGAUACGGCUUCAGUUGGUAUUCGUUAACGUUUUAGUUUUAGAAAAAUAUUGAAACAAAGCAGAACAUUGAAAAUAACAUUGAAAAAUACUUCGUAGAAAGAAAAAAAAUAUAUGCUUGUCUAUCCAGACGGAAGAAAACGCAAAUCUGUUUGAAACUAAACAUAAGUUAAAGAACAAUAUAAAGAUUUUUUUUAAAUUAAAAUUCCAAUAUUUUUUAACUUAAAAUACAUUAAAGUACUAUUUUUAUAUGCAUUUAGUGUAUCCCGUCAUAAAAUUCCAUUGGCACAGCAUAAUCAAAGAUGACUCUUGCCCUAACGAACUGUCUAAAAAAUUCCAUUGUAUAAUUUGACCUCAUAAAUAUCCAUUUAAUGUGAAUUAAUAUUUAUUAGAGCAAACAACGUUUUCGAAUUUAAUGGCAAUGUUUUUAACUAUUAGUCUAUAUUUUAAUUUUAUAGAUAUCAGCGGCAUAUGUAUUUCAUAAUUUUUUUUAUCUCCAAUGAACUUAAAUAAUAAUGGUUAUUCUUUUAAAAAAGAAUAAAAUAUCAGCAUUUUGUAAUUAAAGAAUGUGCUUCUUGCUUUUAGUACAAAUCCUUACAAAGAAAUUAUGUCUAUAAGAAACUACAAGCUCCACAUUGUUAUUUUUAAUUUUUCCAAUAUUAUUCCUGUAAA